AUGAGCGCCGUAUGGAAUGUGUUUCAAAAAACAACCGAUGAAUACGGAAAUGUGUUGGCCACUUGCACGGUCUGUAGCCGAUCACUGAAAGUGCCGAAAUCGAGAACGACCACUAAUCUUUUGGCUCAUUUACGGAAUAACCACUGUGAUAAACGGAUUGGUUCCACUAGACGGCGGUUCGACGCUACGAUUCCGAGCUCCAGUGGCGCUUCUGGCACCGAAUCUCAUGGUUCACGAGCACACAGAAGACUCACACGACUCGUCAUGGAUGGAGCGCUUCUGCUCGAAGCGACGUCAUUGAAGUCGUUCCGUGACUUUGUCAAUAGUCUUAAUCCUUCGUAUCAAAUACCAUCCAUCAGUACGCUUAGAAAUAUUCUACAAGAGGACUACAGUUGCAUCGAGACGAUCAAUAGAAGAUUUCUAGCAGAAUCGUCGUCAAAAAUCGCACUUACACUGGAUUUUCACCCAACAUUCAGAGCUCACUGUGGUCUUCUCGUGGUUAACGUUGAUGUCACGCAAAUCGCUACUGUCGUCGCCAACGAAGAUGAACCAAUGCAGGAGGCUGCUCUUUACCUGCACACAAAAUUCGUUCCUUGUGCGGCUCAUAGUAUCCAUCUCGCCGUGAGUGAUACCAUUUGUGCAAAAAAUUCGUUUAAAGUUUUGGAGAAAGUUCGCAAGCUAGUAUCGGAGAUGAAUCACAACAAUAUUGCAAAAAUGCAAUUGAAAAGUCGCUUGAAAGAGUUCAAUUUGCCUGAAUUCUGUCCAGUACCGGAUUCGCCAACGAGGUGGAACUCGACCUAUGAUUUGAUAUGUGAAGUGCUCAUUACGUGGCCAGCACUCAACGAUGUACUAGAGAAGUUGAAUCAGCCGUUGUUGGAAAUCGAUGACAUGAGGUUUCUGGAGACAAUUCGAGCUUUUCUGGAGCCGUUCAGCACACUGACAAAGCAGUCAUUCGGAGAAGCUCAGCGUUUUGGUCUCUGUUUGCUCGAGAACACAUCGAAGUACUUUAAUCCAUGGCUAAAUGACGAGUUUCUACAGACAGCCGCUUGUCUCGAUCCGAGAUUCGCGUACCUCGAGACAAUACAGUCCAUGAAGAGCUGGAUGGAAACUGUGGAAAAAUUCGUCACUAAUCAAGUUAACAUAAGCUCGAGCAAGAAUAGGGACGUUUUCCAAGUGGGGCAGGAAGCGUUUCUUCAAGAACUGCGUCACCAGCAAACAUCAGUAUGGGAGAUCCUUCGAGAAAGUCGUGCGGAAUCAGGCGUGAAGAGUUCGAAUUCGUGGAAUCACAGUGAUGAGCUUAGAGCAGAGUUGCAACACUAUUGUGGGAUUCUUGGUAGCUCACGGCCAGCUUUCGGCACAGAUCCUCUUCACUGGUGGCGGGCGUUCUCAAACGAAUUUCCUCUACUAUCAAAAGCCGCGUUGGGCUACCUAGCCACACCUGCAACUUCUGUGGAUAGUGAACGAUUUAUGAGUUUGAAUUCAGUACCAACUAAAGGGAGGAACUUUGGUAGUACAAUUAGGAAAUUCGAUCGCCUUUUGAUGACGUUGAAGGCAAAUGCGAACAAGGAUGUCAGCAGAGAAUGCAAGGCUUGGUCCAGCGCAGACAUUUAUAAAUACAGCUUCGAAGAAUCAUCAAAGAGCGACUUCCAUGAGUAUGACGUCGAAGAGGACGCAAUACGGUCAUCAUGUAGAUCUGACGAGGAAAAAGAUAUCACUGAAAGCAUUAAGCCGCUGCUGUCGUUCUCAAAAGACUUUUUAGGAAAUAUGGAAAGUAACCAACUGGAAUGA